AUGUCAGGCUCCAUGAACCCACAAACCACAUGCAGGGCUACACAGAGCUGUUUAGGCUUCCAACCCGACCUUUUCUGGGAUGUGUCACUUCUGGUUGAUCGCAGCGACUUCCCAGAUCUGGCAUGGCUCAUCCCAGAUAACCUCACAACUGCACAAUCCAUCACACCUACACUAAUAGUGGUGGCAACGGUGGCUAUUGCAAAUGCAUUAGUCAAGUGGCUACGAAAGAAACUCAAGGAAGUACUUACAAAUGGAGAGGAUUUAGUUUUUCCAUUCCAUUCAAUUAUACCCCAAGAGGAUCGUCUGACAACACUCCAGGAGCUCGAGGCUGGGACAGUGCGAAUAGUGGUGGCAAUGACAGCAGCCCAAGUUGGAUUAGACAUGGCAAUAUGGAAUGUCGUGAUCUUGGAUCUUCUCCAGACUUCAAGGCCAUGA